AAGCUGACGUUUUGGCGCACGUUGAUGACGCCACGCACCUCUGUUUACCAAGGAACUCCCACUGAUUUCGUUAGAGAACUAAAUUUAAAACGGAAUACAGACACUUGCCUACACCACACAGGCUGGGAUCUUGGAUGAAGUGAGUGUUGAGCCCCAGUGAAAUGACUGACCAGGGCAACAACAACCAGAACAUCUCCUGCAACCCAUUUGCUGCUCUUUUCAGCUCACUUGCUGAUGCCAAACAGUUUGCAUCAGACCAGAAAUCCCAGCAGCCCUCUGAACCACCACAAGAGGAGUCCGGAGAGAGCCAGUCAGACUCUGAUAAUUCGGUGUCGGACAGCGUUGACGAGAAUGAUGACUCUGUGGCAGAGAUCAGCCGCUCCUUCAGGUCCCGUCAGGAGCUGUGUGAACAGCUCAAUGUCAACCACAUGAUCCAGAGAAUAUUUCUGAUCACUCUGGACAACAGCGAUCCAAGCCUCAGAGGAGAUAAUGGGAUCCCUCCUCGCUGUGUGUACUUGGAGGAGAUGGCUGCAGAUCUGGAUGGGCAGGACUGGUUGGAUAUGGACAACAUUGAACAGGCUCUGUUUAAUCGUCUGCUGCUACUGGAGCCAGGAAAUCACCUCAUCUAUAUGACAUCAUGUAGUGCUGUAAACCUGUCUGCUGACCGUGAUGCUGGAGAGAAAUGUGCCGUCCCUUACCUUUUUGAUUGUUACCAGAGGGCAAAAGAAGAGGUGAAGAAAGUACCAGAGAAGCUGCUGUCAUUUGCUGUUCACUGUAAGAAUCUGACUGUUUCCAACACACGGACGGUUCUGCUUACACCUGAGAUCUAUGUCAGCCAGAACAUCUAUGAGCAGCUCGUGGACCUGUUUCGAGAUGGUUUCAGUGGAGCCCAGCCAGAGGAGUUGGUUGAGUUUGUUGAAGAAGUCAUUGCCGGAAUCAUCUCUGACCAGGAGGUCCGUACCUUUGAGGAGGUGAUGGUCCCGGUGUUUGAAAUAUUUCAUGGGCGCGUCAAAGACCUGGACCUGUGCCAACCUCUCCUCUAUUCCUACUUAGAUGUUCUCCUCUAUUUCAGCCAUAAUAAAGACAUUGCAAAGGUGUUAAUGGAAUACACCCAACCCAAAGACCCAGCCAAUGGUCUGCAGUACCAGAAAAGCCUAUUGGGGUCAGUCUUGAAUAUUUCAUGUUUGUUAAAAACUCCAGGCAUAGUGGAGGGACACGGCUACUUCCUGAACCCCUCACGCUCUAGUGCCCAGGAGACAAAGGUUCAAGAGGCCAACAUUCAUCAGUUCAUGGGUCAGUUUCACGACAAGCUGCACCAAAUCUUGAGGAAUUUGCUCCAACGCUCUGCCGAGACGCGCCACCUGCUGCUGUCAUGGCUGGGCAACUGCCUGCAGGCCAACGCGGGCCGGGCGAAGAUUUGGGCCAAUCAGAUGCCGGAGAUCUUCUUUCAGAUGUAUGCCUCUGAUGCUUUCUUUUUGAAUUUGGAGGCAGCCCUGCUGAAGCUGUGUCAGCCUUUCUGUAGGCCUCGCUCACCCAAACUCCUCACCUUCAACCCUACGUACUGUGGCCUUAAAGACCUGAGUGAAGACGAGAGACGCAAUCGCAGCGUGCAUGCUAAAGGUCUGGACAAAGAAACCUGUCUGAUCCCUGUGCCUCCUCAACAGCCGGUGGAGUUUGCACAGUCCUACAGUCUGCUGACAGAAAACCUCGUCCUCACACAACUCACCCUGCAUCUUGGCUUCCACAGACUCCACGAGCAGAUGGUGAAGAUGAACCAGUCUCUCCACCGGCUCCAGGUGACGUGGCAGGAGGCUCAGCGGAGUAACAGCCCCAUGUCGGAGCAGCUCCUGGAGCAGUUUGAGCGUCUGAUGAUUGUGUAUCUGUCAACCAAAGCUGCCACCACGCAGCCUGCUGUGCUGCAAUGUUGCCUCAACCUCCAAGCUUCUACAGCUGCUGUGCUGGUUCAGCUCGGCCUGGGGAACCAGGGGCCUGAACAUGUAGCACUCAGUUUCCCCCUGCCGUCCCUGCAGAAUACUGUGCUGUGCUAUAUUCCAGAGUUUUUUGCAGAAAACUUGGGAGACUUUUUUAUAUUCCUUCGAAGGUUUGCAGAUGAUGUUUUGGAGACUUCUGCAGAAAGUUUGGAGCAGAUUCUCGAUUUCAUCACUGUCUUCAUGGGUAACGUUGAAAGGAUGAAGAAUCCACAUUUGCGGGCAAAGCUGGCUGAGGUCUUGGAGGCAGUGAUGCCGCACAUGGAGCCUGUGGCUGCCGGUGCUGCUCAGCCGAUAAUGUUCCAGCGAGAAAGAGUCUUUUGCUCCUACACAUAUGCACCGAGGCUGGCAGAGGCCCUAAUCGCUGUGUUUGUCGACAUUGAAUUCACAGGGGAUCCUCAUCAGUUCGAACAGAAGUUCAACUACAGACGGCCCAUGUAUCCUAUCCUCAAGUACAUGUGGGACAAAGACAAUUAUAGGGAGAGCAUUAAGCAUUUGGCCAACUAUGCGUCAGAGAACCUGGAGGCCAUGAACCCCCCUCUUUUCCUCAGGUUUCUUAACUUACUUAUGAAUGAUGCCAUAUUUCUACUGGAUGAAGCCAUUCAGUAUUUGAGUAAAAUUAAAAUUCUGCAGUUAGAACGGGAUCGAGGCGAGUGGGACAGUUUAGCCCCCGAUGCUCGGAGAGAAAAAGAGUCCAGUCUGCAGAUGUUUGGACAACUAGGACGCUUCCACAACAUCAUGUCCAAUGAGACAAUCGGCACGUUGGCCUUCCUUACCUCAGAAAUCAAAGGCAUCUUUGUUCACCCCUUCCUGGCUGAGAGGAUCAUCUCCAUGCUUAACUACUUUCUGCAGCAUCUGGUGGGUCCAAAGAUGGGGGCCCUGAAAGUCAAGGAUUUCAGCGAGUUUGAUUUCAAGCCCCAGCAGCUGGUUUCUGAUAUCUGCACCAUCUACCUGAACCUGGGCGAUGAGGACAACUUCUGUGCCACUGUCCCUAAGGAUGGACGGUCCUACUCUCCUACACUCUUUUCCCAGACUGUAAGGGUUCUGAAGAAGAUCAAUAAACCCGGUGACAUGAUUGUAGCAUUUGCACUCCUUGCUGACAAAAUAAAGUCUCACGCAGACCGACAGCAGCAGGAAGAGGAAACCUAUGCAGAUGCUCCCGAUGAGUUUUUAGACCCCAUCAUGUCCACACUGAUGCUGGAUCCUGUUCUCCUUCCUUCUUCUAAUGUCACGGUUGACCGGUCGACUAUUGCCAGGCAUCUACUCAGUGACCAGACAGACCCCUUCAAUCGCAGUCCUCUUACCAUGGACCAGAUCAGGCCAAAUGAAGAACUUAAACAGCAAAUCCUACAGUGGCUGGAAAGGCAUAAGCAGCAGAGGCUGCAGCUGGGACCCAGUGGGUAACUGGGACCCCUGUGUGCACUAGACAGUGACUGCAUCCUCCUCUCCUGUCCUGGACCUGACAUCUCACUCAUGCUCCUCUGCUUUUCUAGUUGACUCCUGCAGCGCUUCCCUCUAAGGAUCUCCUUUCUGGGCUGACUAAUAUUGCAUUCAGCUUUUCAGGCGGCCUUUGUCCUCACUGGGCUUUCUCUGUGACAGCAGUACUGACAAUUUGUGGCACACAUGCUGCUGGCAAUGUAUACAUACAUGCACAGUAGCUGUUUGACUCAAACAUAAGUAGAGUGAUCUAACCUCUGGUACCUGUUUUUUUUUUUUUCUUGUCCUAAAACUUUGUAUUGCUGCUAUUGUUGCUGGCUAUGAGUUCCAUUUCAACUGGACUGGCAGAAUGCACUGUACAGCCCUGACUGACCCACAGGCCAAAGUAUAGAUUUUAUACAACAAGUUGUACAAUUUUUGAGAAGUGAUAUGACAUGAAAGUGUUGAUGUUGUUAUACUUUUACCUUUAUUUCACUUUCAUUAAUGUCAUGUUAUACACAGACCUUUAAACAUACCAUAAUGUAGCACUUUUGGUUAUAUGUCGCCCUUCAAAGUACUGGCAACCAGUGCACACUGUCUUCAACCUAAAUCUACUAGAAUUGACUGCAGCUCACACCACUACCUUCAACAAUACUAUGUAGAAGAAAAUGGAUGGUUUUAUCCCAAACAUCUUUGUAUAUACAUUAAUUGGUAAUAAAGACAACUAUAAUAAUCUCUUGGUUUAUUCUGUAUUUGAGAUCUUCACAGCCUUAACCCCCUAACUUGUUUGCAGUUCUAACAUGAAUGAAAAGUUGCGAAUUUAAACACUGGCUUUUGUUGCGCCUUGGUGUCUGAGACACUUAUGGUUGUUGGACAUAGGGUUAAAUAUGAAAUUCUAGAGGGCUUAUUAAAGUUUGAUCUCAGUCUUGUAACUUGUAUUAAAAAAUAUAAUGAAUUAUAGGAAACGUUUUAAAUUAAGUGACACAUAAAUGCUUGACAAAAAUCAUUAAUUAUACUAAAGUAUAACAUUGACAUUCUAGACCAACAUUUUUAUGUUUAAUGUUUUAAGUUGUUGUAAUUUUUUAAGCUGUGAUGUAUCUGAGAAUGGUUCUUUCUGUUUGCUAAAAACUAAAACUGAUAAUUUGGCUUCCCGUUUUUGUAGUUUUGGGUUUUUUUUUAAGUCAUUUACAUGGGUAAAACUACUGGGACUGAAGCCUACUCCUUAUCCCUGGCCAAUUUUUGAAAAAUUCAAAAUGUUUUACUAAUUUCUUGGUCAAAGUGUGUAAACUGACAGUAAUGUUUGCUAAAUAGACUAUAAAUCAGAAAAUAAAUAAAUUUGAUAAAUCAGAAAUUAGGAGUAUCAUUUUUUGACUUGCAGUUCUUGUGCACUGUGUAUCUCCACAAAAUCGUAAAUAAUUAGAAUGAAUCAUACAAAAUGCUGUUAUUUGUAUGAAUGUGUAGUUCACUAACAAGUUAUAUGUGUGUUUUUGUUUUUUGUUAGCAUUGGUGCUUAAAACCAUAGGCCUUGCAGUGAAUCACAAAAAGCGAGGUUUAAAAGUUUAAUACUGUGAGAUGUUUGUUUUCUGUAAAAUAAGGUUGAAAAUGAUGAAAACCAAAUUGCUUUUAUGUUGCCUUUUGAACAGAAGGAUUUUAAUUAAUUGUAUCCAAAUGGAAUAGAUGUAUAGUAUAUGAAUGUGUCUGUUGGCAUGUCUUCAUACUUUGUCGAUUAAAUUAUAACAACGUUUUGUUUGAAAUGUGAUCACAACAUGUUUAUGGGUGUACAGUAUGAUUAAGAAAUAAAACUAAUGUGUGUUAUAAACAA